AACCACCCAGCAGCCUUCUCACGUCUCUCAUGGAUCCAGAACGGCUGGUUCAGUGUCCCUAUGACAAAAACCAUCAGAUCAGAGCCAGCCGUUUCCCUUAUCACUUGGUGAAGUGCAAGGAGAACAAUGGGAAGAUCGCUAGAAAACUAGCAACAUGCCCCUAUAAUGCUCGCCAUAGAAUUCCCAAGGAAGAAUUCAAUUCCCAUCUUGAAAAUUGUGAGAAUAAAAUUGCUCUGGAUGUGUCCAACGGGGCUACCAAUCUAAACAUGGGAAUCAAAGAGGAAACUGGUGUGCAAUGCUCACCUUCGCAGGAAGACUGGGAAGCUGAUGCUGAUAAAUGUCCUGCUCCUCUUUUUGUUUUUGGGAAAAGGUGA